UUCAUCUUCAGAAGUUUCAGUUUCAAAUUCCGGAAACGGAAGGGAAAAAAAAACUCUCUUACUCUCUCCGCCUCCGAAUCUCUAUCCGAUGGCGGCGACGUUAACCAGAGACCAGUACGUGUACAUGGCGAAGCUCGCCGAGCAGGCGGAGCGGUACGAGGAGAUGGUGCAGUACAUGGAGCUGCUGGUCGCCGGCGCAACCCCUGCUGGGGAGCUGACAGUGGAGGAGCGGAACCUCCUUUCCGUCGCCUACAAGAACGUGAUCGGAUCUCUUCGCGCGGCUUGGCGGAUCGUGUCGUCGAUCGAGCAGAAGGAAGAGAGCAGGAAAAACGAGGAGCACGUGUCGCUCGUCAAGGAUUACAGAUCUAAGGUGGAGGCAGAGCUUUCCUCCGUCUGCUCCGGCAUCCUCAGGCUCCUCGAUUCGAAUCUCAUCCCUUCCGCCGCCGCGAGUGAGUCGAAGGUGUUUUACCUGAAGAUGAAAGGGGACUACCAUCGCUACAUGGCCGAGUUUAAGGUCGGGGAUGAGAGGAAAGCAGCUGCUGAAGAUACGAUGCUCGCGUACAAAGCAGCUCAGGACGUUGCACUUUCUGAUCUGGCACCUACUCAUCCAAUAAGGCUGGGACUGGCUCUCAACUUCUCUGUGUUUUACUAUGAGAUUCUGAAUUCUUCUGAGAAAGCUUGUAGCAUGGCCAAACAGGCUUUCGAAGAAGCAAUUGCUGAGUUAGACACUCUGGGAGAAGAGUCCUACAAGGACAGCACUCUCAUCAUGCAAUUGCUGAGGGACAAUCUAACUCUGUGGACCUCCGAUAUGCAGGAACAGAUGGAUGAGGCCUAAGAAUCUGUGUGUUGCCCCUCCAGAUAAGUGGGAGCUCAAACGCUGAAACCCUUUUGCUCUUAAACUGUGGAAAGCUUGUUUCUGGGAUAUGUGCACAGUAUGGUAUUCUGCUUUGUAUCUUCUCUGUUAAAAUUCUGCUCUCUUUGUUUUUUUUUUAUCACUCUUUAUCUUUAUAAGCUUAAGGGUUUUUUUUUUUAAUCUGACCCCAAAUCAAAGCUCUUCUUUAUCGCUA